CUCCCGCCGCCCCCUCCCGCUGCCCCCCGCCGCCCCCCAGGGCGACCACCGAGAGCCGGGGGCGGGGAAUGCUGCAGCCGCCGCCUCCCCCUGCCGCUGCGGGCCUGCCGCCGCCGCCGGCGGGGGGCCGCCGGGCCUCCUGCUGAGGGGCGCCGAGCCCUCCCGCGGCGGCCUCCUCGCGGCGCCCGGCCCGGCCUGCCCCGCCCGCCUCCCCGAGCGGGCCGGGCCCGGCGGCACCAUGCAGGCGCAGCCGCUGCUCUACGAGUUCUUUAGCGAGGAGAACGCGCCCAAGUGGCGGGGACUGCUGGUGCCCGCCCUCAAGAAGGUUCAGGUGCAAGUCCAUCCUAAACUUUCCUCUACUGAAGAUGCGUUACAGUAUGUGGAGGAGUUAAUUCUCCAGUUGUUAAGUAUGUUGUGUCAAGCCCAACCAAGAAGUUUUCUGGAUGUAGAGGAUCGUGUUCAAAAAAGUUUUCCCCAUCCUAUUGAUAAGUGGGCAAUAGCUGAUGCCCAGUCUGCUAUUGAGAAGAGGAAACGAAGAAAUCCAUUGUCUCUCCCAGUAGAAAAAAUCCAUCCCUUAUUAAAGGAAGUUCUAGGCUACAAAAUUGACCACCAAGUGUCUGUUUACAUAGUGGCAGUAUUAGAAUACAUUUCUGCAGACAUCUUAAAAUUGGUUGGGAAUUACGUGCGGAAUAUAAGACAUUAUGAGAUUACAAAACAAGAUAUUAAAGUGGCAAUGUGUGCUGAUAAGGUAUUAAUGGAUAUGUUCCAUCAAGAUGUAGAAGAUUUAAGUGCACUAACUUUAUCUGAUGAGGAACCCUCCACCUCAGGGGAGCAAACCUAUUAUGACCUAGUGAAGUCAUUUAUGGCAGAGAUUCGACAAUAUAUAAGGGAACUAAAUCUCAUUAUCAGAGUUUUUAGAGAGCCAUAUGCCUCCAACUCCAAACUAUUCUCAUCUCAUGAUGUGGAAAAUAUAUUUAGUCGUAUAUCGGACAUUCAUGAACUUAGUGUGAAGUUAUUGGGUCAUAUAGAAGACACUGUUGAAAUGACAGAUGAAGGUAGUCCUCAUCCACUAGUAGGCAGCUGUUUUGAAGACAUGGCAGAGGAGCUAGCAUUUGAUCCAUAUGAAUCAUAUGCUCAAGAUAUUUUGCGACCUGGUUUUCAUGAUCAUUUUUUAAGUCAAUUAUCAAAGCCAGGAGCAGCAUUUUAUUUACAGUCAAUAGGUGAAGGCUUUAAAGAAGCUGUUCAGUAUGUUCUACCCCGGCUGCUCCUUGCCCCUGUUUACCACUGUCUUCAUUAUUUUGAACUGCUAAAACAAUUGGAAGAAAAAAGUGAGGAUGAAGAGGAUAAAGAGUGCUUAAAGCAAGCAAUAACUGCCCUACUAAAUCUUCAAAGCAGUAUGGAACGGAUAUGCUCCAAAAGCCUUGCAAAACGAAGGCUUAGUGAAUCUGCAUGCCGAUUCUAUACUCAGCAGAUGAAGGGGAAACAGCUAGCAAUUAAGAAAAUGAAUGAAAUCCAGAAAAAUAUUGAUGGUUGGGAGGGUAAGGACAUUGGACAAUGCUGUAACGAGUUCAUCAUGGAAGGAACACUCACACGUGUAGGAGCAAAGCAUGAGAGACACAUAUUUCUAUUUGAUGGCUUGAUGAUUUGCUGUAAGUCAAAUCACGGCCAGCCAAGACUUCCUGGUGCUAGCAAUGCAGAAUAUCGUCUAAAAGAGAAGUUCUUCAUGCGAAAGGUACAAAUCAACGAUAAAGACGACACUAAUGAGUACAGACAUGCUUUUGAAAUCAUCUUAAAAGAUGAGAACAGUGUUAUUUUUGCUGCUAAAUCAGCUGAAGAGAAAAACAACUGGAUGGCAGCAUUGAUAUCUUUGCAAUAUAGAAGCACGCUGGAAAGGAUGUUGGAUGUAACAAUGUUGCAGGAAGAAAAAGAGGAGCAUAUGAGAUUUCCAAAUCCUGAGCUUUAUAGAUUUGCAGAACCCGACUCUGAAGAGAAUAUUGUGUUUGAAGAAAACAUGCAGCCCAAAUCUGGAAUCCCCAUCAUCAAGGCAGGAACUGUUGUCAAGCUCAUCGAGAGGCUGACUUACCACAUGUAUGCAGAUCCCAACUUUGUUCGGACUUUCCUCACAACGUAUAGAUCCUUCUGUAAACCUCAAGAGUUGCUGAGUCUGCUAAUAGAAAGAUUUGAAAUUCCAGAGCCUGAGCCAACAGAAGCUGAUCGUAUUGCUAUGGAGAACGGAGACCAGCCUCUUAGUGCAGAGUUAAAAAGAUUUAGGAAAGAGUACAUUCAACCUGUGCAGCUACGAGUAUUAAAUGUAUGUCGACACUGGGUAGAACACCACUUCUAUGACUUUGAAAGAGAUGCUGAUCUUCUGCAACGUUUGGAGGAAUUCAUUGGGACAGUAAGAGGCAAAGCGAUGAAGAAAUGGGUUGAAUCAAUCACAAAGAUAAUCAACCGGAAAAAGCAGGCACAAGCCAUUGGGCCAAGUCACAACAUUACUUUUGAGAGCCCACCUCCGGCGAUUGAAUGGCACAUAAGCAAACCAGGACACACAGAGACUUUUGACUUGCUCACUUUGCAUCCAAUAGAAAUUGCUCGGCAGCUCACUUUACUUGAGUCAGAUUUUUACAGAGCUGUGCAGCCAUCUGAACUAGUUGGAAGUGUGUGGACAAAGGAAGAUAAAGAAAUUAAUUCUCCAAACCUUCUCAAAAUGAUAAGGCAUACAACUAACCUCACUUUGUGGUUUGAAAAAUGCAUUGUAGAAACAGAAAACCUAGAGGAAAGAGUAAUUGUAGUGAGCCGGAUAAUUGAGAUCCUGCAAGUUUUUCAAGAGCUGAACAACUUUAAUGGUGUCCUUGAGAUUGUCAGUGCUAUGAACUCCGCAGCAGUGUAUAGGUUGGAUCACACAUUUGAGCAAAUUCCGAGUCGCCAGAAGAAGAUUUUAGAAGAAGCUUAUGAGCUGAGUGAGGAUCAUUAUAAAAAAUACUUGGCAAAACUCAGGUCCAUUAAUCCUCCUUGUGUGCCUUUUUUUGGGAUUUACUUAACUAACAUUUUGAAAACAGAAGAAGGUAACCCUGAAUUUCUAAAGCGACACGGGAAAGAACUUAUAAACUUCAGCAAGAGAAGAAAGGUAGCUGAAAUAACAGGAGAGAUACAGCAGUACCAGAACCAGCCGUAUUGUUUAAGAGUGGAAUUUGACAUCAGGAGAUAUUUUGAAAACCUGAAUCCAAUGGGAAACAGCAUGGAGACAGAAUUUACAGAUUAUCUGUUCAACAAGUCACUAGAGAUAGAGCCACGAAAUGUCAAGCCUCCACCAAGAUUUCCCAAAAAAUACAGCUAUCCUCUCAAGUCCCCAGGUGUUCGUCCCUCUAAUCCAAGGCCAGGUACCAUGAGACAUCCUACACCCCUGCAACAGGAGCCAAGGAAAAUUAGUUACAGCCGCAUCCCAGAGAGCGAGACUGAAACUACAGCAUCUGCACCAAACUCUCCCCGAACACCUUUGACCCCUCCCCCUGCUUCUGCUACUUCAAGUACUACAGAUGCCUGCAGUGUGUUUGACUCAGAUCCUUCAAGUCCUUUUCAUGCAAGAUCUGCUUCUGUCUCAUCCAUAAACUUUACCAAAAAUUCAGAUGAAGCUCAUGUCCCCCCUCCAGUUCCUCCACGAAGAAGACCAGAGUCUGCCCCAGCUGAAUCCUCCCCAUCAAAAAUUACUUCGGCGCACCUGGACAGCCCACCAGCAAUCCCUCCUAGGCAACCAACUUCUAAAGUGUAUUCACCAAGGUACUCAGUGCCUGACCGGACCUGCAUCUCUGACCCCCCUGAAAGCCCUCCUGUGUUACCACCACGAGAACCUGUGCGAACUCCAGAUGUUUUCUCUAGCUCACCACUACACCUCCAACCCCCACCACUGGGGAGAAAAAGCGAACUUGGUAACACCUUUUUCCCAAACAGUCCGUCUCCGUUUACUCCCCCUCCCCCUCAGACACCUUCUCCACAUGUAGCACGAAGGCAUCUUCCAUCACCACCUUUGAUACCGCAAGAUGUGGACCUCCAUUCUGUUGCUGGACCACCUGUUCCUCCACGACAAAGCACUUCUCAACAUAUCCCAAAGCUUCCUCCAAAAACUUACAAAAGGGAGCACACACACCCAUCGAUGCAUCGAGACGGACCACCAUUGCUGGAGAAUGCCCACUCCUCCUAAACUAUCCCUUGCACCGGGAGUCGCAUUUUCCUGGUGCUACGUCUGUUGCUGGCAAUGGAUGCACUGAACCUGGUGGUGCCAAGCAGUUGGGAUGUGUAUGCCAAACACUAAAAACUCUCCAAUAGAUUGGAAAUGCAGUGUACAGAAAUGGAAUUGCAAAAACAGACAUUCUAGUGGAAAAACCGGUUAACUUGCUAUUCUUGUUUUAGUAUGCAGGACAUUGUUCUAAAGUAAUUGGACAACUGAUUGUACCAGAAAACAGACUUGAGAGACUUCUUUGGCCAAUGAGUAGAGACUGUGUUUGUGUAAUGAUCAAUAAUGUCCAGUACAGGAAGGAAAACAGUCUUGUAUCCAUCAGUUCCAUACAGUGGCACAGUUUUUGGAAUGAAAACAUUAUGCACUUUUUUUAAAUCUCAAACAGGGAACUUUAUAUCCUUCUUAAUUUUCCUUUGCUUUACUCCCUGCUUUAAAAUACCUUCAUAAAAUUAUGAGGACUGUGAGGAAGAUCUGUGGUACCUAACUGAGCUAGAAUUAAGGCAAAGCACUGUGUUGCGGUCCUGUUUACAAGUUGUUACAAUGAGUAGUAGGGGGUACCUAGGCUUCACCAAAGAGGUACUUUAUUAUUAUUUUCUGAAAUAUUAUGGUGCCAGUUCAAAAAUAAAUUUUUGUCAGGAAGCAUAAUGUCUAAUUAUUGCUUUCUUUAGAUAGAGCAGAUUAAAGUCUUACAUCAUUAAGAUGACAACGAAAUUUUUUUUUAAAAAGCAGCACUAUCAUCCGAAGUAAUUAUACUACUACAUUUAGAAGACUGUUAAUCUCUGCUAGGUUAUGUCACAUUCUUUUUAAGGUUUACUGAUAAUCCAUUUCAUGGCUAGUAGCUAUUCUUUUACAGUCAUGCCAUGAAAACAGUCACUUGUGAAAAGGAGCACUCACUGGUCAACUUCCAUAGCUAUUGUCAUGUUUUACUAACAAUAGAUUAAUCAGCAUACAUAGAAUUGCCUUGCAGUUGCAUAAAUCAUGUGUAUAUAGUGAACAUUGCAUAAAUAUACUUGCAGAUUGUUUUUAAUUUAAUUGAAAUAAAGAUACAGAUAUGUUUGGCUGA